UAAACAUCUGCUUGAGCAGCUGCACGGGAGCGCCGUAGGUGAUAAAAGCAUCAAGCAGGAGAACUUCUACGUCAGAAGUUGUGCUGCAGAAAAAGCACUUAUCACCGCCGACGAGAAGGGAAAUACGGUGUGGCACGUGCUGGCCCAGUUUUUCGGCAGAAAUAGUGCGAGGGAUUUAAACAAGAAUUGGCUCGUUGGCAUGUUGUUGCUCAGGUCGUGUAGUAGUAAUUCUACUUCUGAUUUGGAACAUCAAGGCAACAUCGACGGGACCAAGGACCACCGAAGCAGAGGGGCUGACGCCGCAAAAACCAGCACAGGAUCAUCUGCGACAUCAACAUCUCCGAAGAUAUUAGCAGCCACUCCAAUGAACAAAAUGUUGCCAUCUGUCAACCAACUAAAUCACGACAAGUGGGCUGCGAUACAUCUGGCCGUCCGGCGAAAUGAGCUAGACGCGCUGCGAUUCAUGCGGGCGUUUGCAGAUAGCGAGAGCUCCUGCUCCGGAGCCCUGGGUCGUCGUGGAGCUGCCAAGGUCAACGGCGAGGAGGAAUUUUUUUCUGCGGCAGGCGCGGGGGCAGUUCCUGAAGCUGCUGAAAUAUUAAAACCUGCUGUGAUCUUCAUGCAAGGGAACAACCGGGGUCAUGGGUAUGCUGUUGCUGAGCAAGUUCUGAGAGCCACUCUGGAGCAGAUUCGCAUUUUUGAGUUGGACACUAUCAAAUGCAAAAAUGUCUGGGUCUGGAAGAGUGCAUGUUUGUCAUGCUUGUCUGGCAUGACUCUCAAAUCUGUCAUGCACGUUACCCAAGAGCGCCACUUUUCUGCCAUGCAGAAACGCAGUUUGUCAUGCAGAAUAAGCAACACCUAGAAGCUCAGAAACUUGCCAUGCUGAGCGAGCACUUGUGGCUUUCUCAUGAUACGCCACCCAGCAUCACAAGUUUCCAGACCCAGACAGUUUUACAGUUGAUAGACACUUAUUUUCAAGCAGUGGCACGACAGAGGGCAGCACAUCAUGGAGGUGCGUCAGCGCGAGCUAGCUCUUCCUUGGCGGUGGACACAAGCACAACUUGCGGGUCCGCCUUAAUUGAAAUAAA